AAGGUACAGCGGAUUGAGCGCAUCAGAAAGCGUGCAGAUAAUAAGAUCAGGAAAGACGAAGCACAGCGGAAAACAGCACUGAGAAAGAGAUGGCAUACAGCGUGGAAAGAAGCUGGCCAGCGAUAUAAGGGGCAGCCAAUCCUUUUCAGGAACUGGCUGGCAAUCCAUUGCCCUGAGAGCCUUCAUUGCUCUGAAAGCCAGCUAGCUACUCAAGAGGAGGAGUUCAGAACACCAGAACGCCAGAUUCUCCCUGAUAUGGCAUCGCAGUCUUUCGAGGUCGAGGACGAGGUCGACGAUGACUUCAUAUCUGUUUCUAGCGAUGUGGAAAUAUCAGGUCUAGGGCUCAGCUUAGACCGCCCCCUUCGAGAUGUUGAUAUGGGAUUGCUAGAAGCGAACAGCCAGCUGUAUACAGCAUUGCACAAUGCUGGGUCAGGGCAGAGUGGCCAGGAUGAAGAGGACUGGUAUAGCGCUGAGGGCAUCGACGACGAGGGCGACGAUGAGGAUAUAUCCUCAUCGCCACCUCUGCCUCUAUAAGGGUUUCCGUCGAAUGCAAGGGAUUGAUCUCAGAGGGGUGAAGAGUGCGUUGAAUGCCAGGCCGGGCCUGGCUUACAUUCGGCUUCCCUCAAUCCAGGCCCCAGAAGUACCUGGGCACCCAUUUCAAUAGGCAAUGUACAUCAAAGGGCCAGCAGAGCUGAAAGCCCUCCGAAAA